AUGAAUCCUCUUCCCUUUCGUGCGGGAGCUCAAACUCCAAGCUCAUAUGAGCUGCCUCCCGUGCAGUCGGUGACGUCGGGCGCUUUCUCGGCAGGCGCGAUGCUUUCCGCCCCGCCAAGUAGACCCGACAGCGGGAUGCGCAUGUCGCAUUUAUUACAGCCUAUGCCUCAGCUUCCAGGUCAACAGCCAAUGCCUCAAGCUCCCCCUUCACAUGCCUUGCCGGUGGUACCAGGUCCAUCGCCAUCGCCUUAUGACCGAUAUUACGACUCGGCAUCGGGAUCGCCAGCUGAAAAUGGAGGCAUGCGCGACAACGCUUCACAUAUGGGCGCCUUGCCGGGAAAUCCCGGACUGUUCCAAACGAGCCCCAUGGGACACUCUAGUCACGUCCAAAGUCAAAUGCAGCAGAAGCGCGCUUACCGACAGCGCAGAAAGGAUCCGAGCUGUGAUGCGUGUCGGGAGCGCAAGGUGAAAUGUGAUGCAUCCGAUUCUAGCAGCUGCACCGAAUGCAAUAAUCGGCGAGUUCGAUGCCAGUUCACCAAGGAGACCAAUCGUCGCAUGUCAUCGAUCAAGCAGGUCCAAGAUUUGGAGAAACAGCUUCAGACUACUAGGCAACAAUUGCAGCAGGCUAGGGCCGAGAGGCUCCGCCCUGAUCAGAUGAUGGAUGUGGAUGAAGCUGCGUCGCAGCCAUUGGUCACCUUGCCGGAGAUUGAGUAUAAACCCGCGCGACGACCAAAAAUAUCCAUCACCGAGGAUUUAUCGAAUGUGCGCCUGAAUCUGCGCCAACAUGGUCGCGGGGUCAUAAAGGUUCCGACCUCUUAUCAGCAGCAACCCGUCAAAUCCCUCGUGUCAGGCGACGUACCACCUCUACCUCCUAAGGAAAUUGCCGAUAAUCUCAUUGCACAGUAUUAUAACUGCAUUCACUCGGAUUUGCCGGUCCUUCACUGGCCAUCGUUUAGGGCAGAAUACGAUCGGGUUUAUGGGAAAGGUACUAUUGCCGGGUUCUCGACUGAAUGGGCAGCGGUCUUGUUUGGAGUUUUCGCAUGCGGUGCCCUCCAUACCGUGGACCAUAAUCGCGAGGAACAAGGUAAAGAAUUCGUGCGCAUUUCCUGUGGCAUUAUCGAUGUGUGGCAAGAUAUCUUUAGCCUGGACCGCGCACGUGCAGCGUUACUUGCAAGCAUCUUUCUCUAUGAGGUAAACUCCAAGUCUGCUAGCUGGGUGUGGAUUGGAUCUGCGGUUCGUGUAGCCCAAGAGAUUGGCCUGCACAUUGAAUCUGGCCCAUGGCCUGCACUGGAGGGAGAAAUGCGGAAACGCCUAUGGUGGGGCUUGUACACUUGGGAUCGUUUACUCGCUCUCGAAAUGGGCAAGCCCGUGUUAAUAAAUGACCAAGACUGCGAUGUCGACCUCCCCUGCCCCGUCGAUGACCAAUAUAUCACAGAUGGGGGUAAUAUCCCAGAAGGUCCACAAACCACCCCCAUGCUAGCAACCAUCCACGUUGUUCGAUCCAUCGGCCAACUCACUCGCACCCUUCGAUCCAUAACCAUCAGCGACGCCACCUUAGAAUUAUUCGAAAGACACUUCAACACCUGCCUAGCAACCUUCCCACCGCACCUCCACCCGAAAUCCGACCAAGACCUCGAUCCCCGCUCAUUGGCCCCCAUCAUCUACCUCCAGAACGCUCGCCUUCAUCUCCACCGCCAUAACAUUACACCUUACUGCCAGAACAUUGUCCGCUCAUCUACAAUGGACUACUGUAUCUCAACUGCCAUUGACACCGCCACCAUCCUAUCCCGUUGCAUGCGUCCCAACUCCCAAACCGACUGGCGAACUCUCUUCGCUUCAUCUGCAGGCACGCUCCUUUGCACCCAUAUCUGGCGCUGCACAUUAUUUCUCCUCUUCCGUCAGGAAUUCUCCGCAGCACUCGUAUUCGUCAAAGCUAGCGCAUCGAUCGGUGACGCUCGCGCCAUCAACGUAGCCUGUGGCCGACACCUUGCAUUCUUCCUCCGUGCUCUGAUCGACCGAUUCCGUCAGAGCGAUAUCAAUGUUCUCCUUGACAACGACGAAGAGAUGAUGGCCUACGUUUCCGGCGAUAUGCAGGGAACCAGUGGUGGGAGCUGGGUCUGGCAGGGUAGCGAGACGGGCUCGCAUCUUGAAGCCGUGACAUCCACACGGAACGCCUCAGUACCCCUUGAAACGGAAGAUGGGACUUGGGACAGAUCCGAACAGAAUACAUGGGCCUGGAUCGAGAGCACAGUCCACGAACUUAUCAACGAAAAGCAAAGACGAGACCAGGAAUUGCAAUCGAGGGAGUCGGCUCAGACGCCACAACAGGAUUCUGCCUCCUUGCUGAAUCCUGAGUCCGCUGCUUCGGAUACUACUGAUGGACGCUCCAGCUCUGCCCAUUCGCGCAUGGAUAUCGCAAGUCUGAUUUGA